AUCAGUCGUUAUCAUAAGAUAUACCAUGCAGAGUAGUAAUUUUAUGUAUAAUUUGUUACUUCCUGUAUGUAAAAUAAUGGGAGGGUACGAGGUGCAACUGCAACACUCAUUGGACUCAGUGGGGGAGUUGUAAAAAUGGCUACCAAAAGUUAUCAAUGAAGUGUAUUUUAAAUGGCCAAAUAAUGUUGAUAAUUUACUGCUGAUCUAUUUGACAAAGAUGGUACUGCUGCACAAGACAAAUGAGUGAAAAUAGUGUGGGGGCCAUGCCGGGCGUGGCCGGGGCAGGGGAAAGACGCCUUCGACAACUGGAAGCUCUUUUCCUUGGAGGUCCUAUAGUGGCCAAGGGACAGAGUUUCAGUAUAGAAACUCUUAUUGACAUUCUCAUAGUUCUCUAUGACGAGUGUUGUAAUUCUAGUUUACGCAAAGAAAAAACUGUUUCAGACUUUAUUGAAUAUGUUAAACCUGUAGCUAAUUCUGUAAAGUCUCUGAGAUUAACGAGGGAUGAUUUUGAAAUAAUUAAAGUUAUUGGUAGAGGAGCUUUUGGUGAAGUUUGUGUAGUAAAAUUUAGAGGUUCUGAAAAAGUUUUUGCAAUGAAAAUAUUGAACAAGUGGGAAAUGUUGAAAAGGGCGGAAACGGCGUGUUUCAAAGAAGAAAGGGAUGUGCUGGUUUAUGGAGAUCGAAGGUGGAUUACACAUUUACAUUAUGCAUUUCAAGAUGAAUCUAAUUUAUAUUUAGUUAUGGAUUAUUAUUGUGGUGGAGAUUUGUUAACCUUAUUAAGUAAGUUUGAAGAUCGUCUUCCUGAAGAUAUGGCACGUUUUUAUAUAGCAGAAAUGGUUUUGGCCAUUGACUCUAUACAUAAACUUCAAUAUGUACACAGAGAUAUUAAACCUGACAAUGUAUUACUUGAUGCAAAUGGUCAUAUUAGACUGGCAGAUUUUGGUAGUUGUUUAAGAUUGAAUGAGGAUGGCACAGUACAAUCAAAUGUAGCUGUGGGUACUCCAGAUUAUAUUUCCCCAGAAAUUCUUAGAGCUAUGGAAGAUGGGCAAGGUAGAUAUGGACCUGAGUGUGACUGGUGGUCUUUAGGAGUAUGCAUGUAUGAAAUGUUAUUUGGCGAGACACCUUUUUAUGCUGAGAGUUUGGUAGAAACGUAUGGAAAAAUAAUGAAUCACAAAAAUUGUUUUGAUUUUGCUACUGACGUUGACGUAUCUGACGCAGCCAAAGAUUUAAUCAAACAACUAAUAUGUAGUCAAGAAUUUCGGUUAGGGCAAAAUGGAAUUCAGGAUUUUAAGAAUCAUCCCUGGUUUGAAGGGGUAGACUGGGACGGUAUUAGAGAUAGUAAUGCGCCUUAUAUUCCCGAAGUUUCAAGUCCCACAGAUACAUCUAACUUUGAUGUAGACGACGCUGAUAUCCGAUUGUCAGACGCUAUGCCUCCAACUGCCAAUAAUGCCUUUACGGGACUUCAUUUGCCGUUUGUAGGCUUUACUUUUACGCAAGGAAGUUGUAUUUCUGACUUAAGCAAUCUUUAUACAAAUUUAACUAAUAACCUAACCGAAAAACAAAACAAGCGCAAUAAUGGCGAAAUUUUAAGUUUAAAUUUGACCCAGGAAAAAGAUAUAGAGAAAAGAAUGUCACCAGACGGUACGAGAAAGCUACAGGACGAAAUUAAUGUGUUAACGAAACGAAACUGCGAACUGGAGUCACAGCUAAAGAGUUUUGAAGCUGGCCAUUCAAAAGAGAUGUUCAUAGAUUCUCUAGAUGGUGCUGAAAGUGCACGGGUGAAGGAAUUGGAAAAAUUGAAUCGAAUUUUAAAACAAGAAAAAGAUGAAGCACAGAAGGAAAAAAUGGAUCUUUUUGAAAAAUUGAAGUUUCAAGAUAAAGAACUGAAAGAUGCGUUGGCACAAAAGAAAUUAGCUAUGGCUGAAUACACUGAAGUUUCAGACAAGUUGUCAGAAUUAAGACAGCAGAAACAAAAGUUCAGUAGACAAGUGCGAGAUAAAGAAGAAGAAUUAGAAACUGUUAUGCAGAAAGUCGAUUCUUUAAGAAACGAUAUAAGGCGAGCGGAAAAAUUGAGAAGAGAAUUAGAAUCUCGAGUCGAAGAAGCUUUGGCUGAAGCUACGAAGGAAAGAAAGUUACGAGAACGUUCCGAGGAGUACUGUCGACAGAUGCAAGCGGAAUCGGACAGGUUAAGAGUAAGGAGUGAACUAGGCCCCCGAGAUCAACAAGAUUCGCUAAGGCUUAAGGCUGAGCUGGAAAAAUUAGAGGUUCAGUAUAACGAAAGUUUAACACAACAACAGGCCAGGUAUAAUUUGGAAAUAUCAUCACUACGGGAACAACUUCACGAGGCAGAAUCACAUAGAGAACUCCUUGAACGAGAAGUUCAAAAUCUGAAAGAAAAACAAGAAAAACAUAGGGUAGAAGCUAUUUCCGAUUCUGAACAAAUGAUUGCAGAGUUAAAUCGUAGACACGAACGUGAUAAACAGAUUUUGUUGGAAGAUAGUCAUAAACUUACAUCAAAUGUAGAGUUUCUGACUGAGUCCGUGGAACGUUUGCAAUCCGAAAGGGCCACUUUGGAAGCGGAAUAUGAACAAUUGCGCAACAAACAGGAAGCUUUGGGACAGUGGGAAUCACAAUUAGCAGAGAUAAUCCAGUGGGUUAGUGACGAAAAAGAUGCAAGAGCUUAUCUCCAAGCUCUCGCUACUAAAAUGACAGAGGAAUUAGAUUACCUUAAACAUGCUGGAGUAUCGAAUGCUAUGGGAGGUACUGACAAAAACUGGAGGAAUAGGAGAUCUCAGAAACUAGAUAAGAUGGAAUUGCUGAAUCUUCAAAGCUCCUUGCAGUCGGAAAUACAAGCUAAGCAGGCGAUUAAUGAAGAACUGAGUAAAACAAGAGAGGCCUUAUUAGAAGCUCAAAAGGAAUUGAGAGAUUCAAGACAACGAAAUGAAGCGUUCGCACUGGAUCUCAAAAGGAAAGAAAAACAGGUUAAAGAUAUGCAAAAUCGCCUGGAUUCAGAUGGAUCAAGUGUUGGAAUUUCAUCUUUCAUCAAGCGUCAUAUUAAGGUUUUGGAAAGACCGUCGUCGCAAAUGUCGUACCUUGAACAAUUCCUCAAAGAAAACAACUCAUUGCAAGUUCAAAGUCAGACUUACGAUAAUGUACCUGUUCAGUCUCUGUUGUAUCAAGGCGGAUCUAUAGAAUCUGAAGAAGGUGAUAUUGAAGACAAUAGAGCUUUAAGUAUAACAAGUUCAAAAAGUAACUUGUCUGAAUUAAGCAUGCACGAUUCUCAGUCUCCCAUGAAACAUAAAAACCAUCAAUUUCUCGUGCGUACUUUUUCUAGUCCUACAAAAUGCAAUCACUGCACAUCGUUGAUGGUUGGUUUAAUGCGUCAGGGUAUGGUUUGUGAAAUUUGUGGUUUUACGUGUCAUACAGCAUGCUGUCCACACGUGCCUGCGAUAUGUCCUUUGCCUUCUGAUCAAACUAAGAGACCACUGGGAAUUGAUCCUACUCGAGGUAUAGGCACUGCUUAUGAAGGGUAUGUCAAAGUACCUAAACAAGGCGGAGUUAAAAAGGGUUGGGUCAGACAAUUUGUUGUUGUUUGUGACUUCAAACUGUUUUUAUAUGACAUAUCAGCAGAUCGAAAUGCCUUACCAAGUGUUCAUGUAGCUCAAGUCUUAGAUAUGAGGGAUCCACAAUUUAGUGUUUCUAGCGUUAAGGACUCUGAUGUUAUUCACGCGAACAAGAAGGACAUUCCUUGCAUUUUUAAGAUUACUACUUCGUUAAUGGAACCUCCUGGCCCGCGAAACUCAACCCUCAUGUUAGCAGAUAGUGAAGCCGAAAAGAACAAAUGGGUUGUUGCUUUAGCAGAACUCCAUCGGAUAAUGAAAAGGAAUAACUUACCGAAUACUACCGUUCUUUUAGCGCGCGAAUUAAUCGAUAAUUCGUUGACACUGUUACGAAAUACCCUCAGUGCUGCUAUCAUAGAUCCCGAUCGUAUAGUCUUAGGUGCUGAAGAAGGACUCUAUUGUGUUGAUUUAGAUAGAACAGAAAUUGCUAGAAUCGGCGAAGGCAAAAAGAUAUUCCAGUUAGAGUACAUAAGCGAGGAACACCUUCUGGUUGUUGUUAGUGGCAAACAAAGAUAUGUCAGAUUAGUGCCAAUUCGUGCCCUCGAUGGUGAUGAAACGGAAUGGAUUAAAGUCGCUGAGAGCAAGGGAUGUUCGGUGCUAUCAGUAGGACCGUUAGUAAGAGCACCAUUGACUUUUUGUUUAUGUAUAGGAAUAAAGAAACAGCAAAAUUCUUCCACUGUUAUUAUAUAUGAAAUAACUAGGACACGAACUAGGCAUCACAGAAUUCGUGAAAUUAACGUUGCGGUACAUGUACAAUCACUGCAGUUGUUGUCAGACGGACGGUUAUGCAUAGGAUCGCCUUCUAACUUUACAGUGUACAAUCUUCAAGUUGAACAACCUUUGUUUUCUUUAUUGAGUUCAGAGAAUCCAUUACAUUCAACUUUGGGUUGUAAUGCGGUUGAAGCGUUAAGAGUUAUUGAAUUGCCACGACAUGAGUAUCUUCUAGUUUUUGGAACUUUGGCGGCCUACGUAGAUCGACAUGGUCGAAAGUCGAGAGACAGAGAAAUCAUGUAUCCGGCGGUUCCUACUGCAAUAUGUUAUAGAGACGGACAUCUUAUAGUCUACAGUGAAACACACAUCGAUAUUUUUAAUUGUGCGACAGGUGAAUGGGUUCAAACGGUCAACAUUAAAAAAGCUAAACCUCUCAACGACACAGGAGCCCUUUCUUUGUGUAUUUUAAAUGAUUUGACACAUUUGUUAUAUUUGUCUAAUAUCCAUCAGCGUGAACUCAUCAAUUUAGAUAAUGUCGUAACGUUAGAUAGAGAGGGACGAACACUUCAGAGACCCAGGAGAAGAUUUUCACUUCGAGAGGGUAACAGGUCACAACGAAUAAAUACCGACCGUCGAUCAAAGUUAAUAUCGGCACCAACUAAUUUCAAUCACAUAAGUCAUAUGGGUCCAGGUGAAGGAAUACAAAGACAGAGACUAAUUGAUCUUUCAACAAAUUUAGUUGAUAACACGGAUCAGUCAUCUUACGUUUCACAAGCGCAACCUCGACAACAAGCUAAGAUGGCACCUCUUCCACCAAAGCACGGUGAACGUAAACGUUUGGAAAUAUCAAAUCCAACUCCCAUUCGGCCACAGUUUCCAGCGUACAAUGGUGCAAAGAGAGCGGCACCACCUCGACCAAGAGAUCUUCCACCAGCUCUACCUAGACCUUCCGACACAUCGCCUUCCCCAGAUCCAGCUAGUAUCGGAAGUAUGUCAUCUCUACAUGAUAUGAUUAAGGCAACUGAAAAAGGAAGCCCUCGUCAUUCAAUUGCAAGCAACAAUAGUUCUAAUCUCUCCACACCGCCGUCACCACAAGCAGAUCAUCAUAAUAGUUCGAGUUACGAUAGCUAAACGUCGAUUUGAAAACUAUGUGGAAUAAUCAGUAGCAAUUAUUAGAAUAAUUCGCAAAUAACAGUUGACGAUGUAAGUGCGAAAAUGUCUGAUAACAUGCAAAGUGUUCAAGGAAAGUUGUGUUUAAACCAAAAUUUAACAAAAAGUUAGGGAGUUGAAAUAAACAUAGUUCGUAGUAAUAUUUUUUAUUUGAACACUUUGUAUGUACCUAUGAAUAAACUUUAGUUACCUCAGUACAUUUUAUUAUAGUGGCAAAAAAUAAAAUAACAUUUUAAAACUGGUAAAUGACAUUUUAUUGUAUUUAUUUAUUUAAGGUGGCACUGUACUUAUUUUUUUCUAUUUUGUAAAUUUUUGUGUAUUUUUUUGUUUUUCUAUUUUAAAUAGUGUAAAGUACUACACUUUGUAAAAUAAUUCGAGUCAAUUAAUUAACUGUUGUAAUAUUAAUUUUAUAUAAUACAAAUUUGAUGUUAUUAUUUAUAUAUUAGGCUUUAUUACCGCAGCAUUACGUAAUACUGCCAAAAUUUUACUGGAUAUAUUAUGUUCUUAUAUUUAUACUUAUUUAUUGCUUGUUUUUUUAUGAUUUUUUAUCAAUAAAAUUAUCUUGUACUAGUGAUAUUUAAUAGUAAAAUAAGUCAAAGGUAUUUCGAUAUUCAUAUAGUCUUAUUUAUUACUGUAUAUCCAAUCUUUAGUACAAUUUUGUAUUAGUUUUCAACACAUGGCAAGACAAUAUCAAUUUUUAACAGGUGGAGUAGUAAUUAUAAUGUUUAAAUUCUUAGAUUUUGUACUGUGAAUUUUCAAAUUUGAGUAUGAAAUAGUCAUAUUAAUAGUUGUUUUUAUGUUUAUGUUACAUUAUAUAGGAAAGACAUUUUAUAUAUUGGUGCACUAAAAUUUGCCUUUUAAUUAUUUGUGAUGGGAUCGUUUUAUUCAACUUAAACUAGAAAAAUAAACAUGUUUCCAGAACAAUAUGACAAAGGCAUUAUGUAACAUAUUAGAUGACAUAAUAUUUAUUUUAUUAAUAGAGUAAUUUAUAUUAACAAUAACAAUAAUUAUGAAGCAUAUAGUAUUAUAUUACUAAAUCUAAACAUUAACCGAAACUGUGUUGAGAACUUUGUUUUUAUGUAUUUUAUUACAUCAAUUUUUUACACCAUUUUAAUAAUCAGUUUCUUUUAACUUCCCUUUCUAACUCGAAUUUACCUUUUUUAUUGUAUUUAUUUCUUGCUGUAAUAAAAAGUUUUAAUAUUUCAA